AUCUGGUUCAGCAACACUCUGUUGGAAACUUCACCUGGUACCGACAGUGGUGUGGUGCCACUGUAGUUCUCACCUUUGCUUAGACCUCCUUUCUUUGGUAUCUUGAAGACGUGUCUUUUUUCUAGUCCGUCGGCUCUUGUUCUUCUUCCCAAAUCUUCCUGAACAGAACGUGGAGCAUGUUUUUAGUUGCUUCUAUGUCUGACUUCAGUGUUUUAGCUGGUAUAUUGUCAGGUCUUGAUGAAUGCCCGCUCUUGAUUUGUCUGGUGGCUAUUCUGAUUUCUUCCGUCGUUGGUGAAGUGACAUCUAUAAAAAGGUUUGUGUGUUCUGCUUCGGUGUUUGGUGAAUUCAAUGAAGCUGGUCUAUUCAAAGGUUCCUUGAUGUAUUCUGCCCAUCUGUUCCUCUGUUUUUGUACCUCGGUGACUGUCUUUCCUUCUUUGUCAUUAACCGGUCUCCCUGGUUUACUAUAUUUCCCUACUAGUUCUUUUUUGUUUCAUAUCUCCUUAUCGCAGCUUUUUCCGCUGUCAUUGCUAGCUCUUUCACGUACUUCCGCUUGUCGGCUCUAGUGCUCUUCCUCACUUGCUUGUUUGCUUCAGUGUAUUCAGUUUGUGUUUUGACUUUCUCUGCUCUUGUUCGGCUGUUGUUAAUUGCUAUCUUGUUGUUCUUCUUUUCUUGAACCUCGUGCAAGUUUCCCAUAGAGAUCCAUCUCUUAUGAUGAUGCUUCUUGUGGCCCAGAACCUCCUGACACGCUGAAGGCCGUGCUUCUUUGAUCCUCUUCCAACUGUCCUCCAUAGUAGUUUUUUCUUUUUUUCACUAGAUCCUGUAACACUUGGAACCUGUUGUUGAGAGUUGUCGUGAAUUCGUUGAGUUUGUUAGUAU